AUGUACUAUCAGCCUUCGAGCGGGAGUGCCUGGAUGACCUCGCGCCUUAUCCCGCUGUCCCAAGACCUCUACAAGGCAGCUCAACCCACUGCGUCCGGACAGAAGUGGCAAUGGAACGGAGGCAUUGACGUCCGGACAGUUGUGCCAUGCAUUGGCAAGACUCCAAUGGCGGAUCGAGUCUCCUCGAAGCAACCGGCAGCUGCGUCUUUGACGCUCGAAUUCUCCAUGGUUCAAGCUUUGCAUGAUACCUCCCUGGACCGUCUCGCGGGACAUGGUAUCCCGGGCCCGGCUUCCCAUGCACCAAGAUACUCAGAAACGAAUUCAGAAACCACACAACUCGUGAUCGUCGCACUUGAUCCUACGACGCCUGUCCCAGUACAGUAUAUGAUAGUCGACACGACGAACCUGCUGAGCUUGAAUCGCCUCUCCUUCAAGAUAGAGCUGGUGCUGGCGACCGGAGUAGACAAUGAAUUCGAGGUCGACGCUGACACCGACGACUUCUCCGCAGCUUGCUCGUUGCUGUUCCCGUUCGCUGACAGCAUGUUGAGGGCAAGUCAAAAGGCAGAAAAAAAGCUGAAUCGAGGAAUAACGGGAGUGGGAAAGACGAGCGGGAUGGCAGAGUCGCGCACCCUGACUCCAGCCACCGACCUUCCCCGCGGGAAUAGCCGAUUCUCCGUGCCGGGCCGCGGCGCCGAGCCCUCGAUCGCGUCUCUCCGAGUCGCACAGCGGCUUCAAGUUCAAACGUCCACCUCUGAUAACCCUCAGGCUCAGGCUGUCUGCAGGAGGCCUGUCGCGACGACACACAGUUGCUCCUACGCUGAAUGCACGCUGCCAGUGGACGCGCCCUCGCAGAUCCCGACACUGCCCUCCUCGCGUAUGUAUGGUAAAGUCAAUUCCCGUCCUCCCCAACACGCAAAAUGCUCACCUCGAGGCAGCAUCCGCGAGCUCCCUCCGGCCGCUGACCACGCGCUGUUGCCAGACAUGUCGGACGUGUACGAAGCGCCUGACGUCGACCCAUCGCGUCCCGGGAAGUGGUGCCGUGAACUGUUCUGCACGUCGUCGGCCGGUGGGGCUUCUCGGUCGCAGACCAAGGCGGCGUUACUGGCGUGCUGCGCGUCGAUGGGGACGGGUGGGGCGAUGCGAGAGCGGGAGGUUGUGGGCGUCACGUCUUCCUGGACGGUGAUCAUUCCCUGGACGCUGGCCCGACGGGCGCAGACGGCCGAUACAACGCGUCUGUUACGGCCCAAUCUCGCUCAGAGCAUCCGACAGGACAACACGUUACAGGACGACGGCAAACACCGCUCGACCGAGAUCAUCCACGUCAGCACAAGCAUCGGCGAAGCUGAUGCACCCAACCGGAACACCGCACAUCAGUUACACUCCCGUCGAGAGUCGCAUAAAUAUAAGAUUGCCGACGCGGAGGACCACCGGAAGGCAGCAAUUGCUCAGUACAAGCGUGCGGGGGCAGGCGAUGACAGGUCUGAUAAGGGUGACGAGCACGCGCAUGCGAAACAACAAGGAGUACCUCCUUGGUACCUCCCGACAACCCUUCUUUGGGACCAGCGGCUGAGCGAUCGAAAUAUCAGCGCGGGGCGAGUCUCACGAACCACAGCGUGA